GCCAGGCAGCCAACGUGGAGGAGAGGAUGUGGGUUUGCUGACAUCUGCACGACAGUGGUUGAACUGGGAGACGACCGCAGUCUCUGGCUGACACGCAGCGGCCCACGCAGCCUCGGAGAAACUUCAAGACAUGUGACUUGUCGGCAAGAGGCUGGUGUCCUGUAGGACACUUUGACAUUUCCCGUGAUGAGGGGACGCAUCUCCAAAAAGUUGGGUGUGGUGGCGAAAGCCUCCUUUCUUCUCUGGCUGCUCUGGAUUGGAUACCUCCUGCUGGCACGUUCCUCUUCCCCGUCGUCUGAUGCCGUUGUGCCGAAAGACCCAGAUCACUUGGACUUUCAGGCCCGGCAAGUCUCGGCACAGCUGAGCGAGUCUAGCACAGAUCUGUCCAGACCACUCUAUGUUAAACCACCACCGGAUAGCAGCGCGCCGGGGGAAUGGGGUCGCGCCACGCGCCUCAAUCUCAGCCCUGAGGAAAAGAAGCAGGAGGAGGCCAGUGUGGAGCGCUACGCCAUUAAUAUUUACGUCAGCGACAAGAUCUCCCUCCAUCGCCACAUUCAGGACCAGAGGAUGUCAGGAUGUCGGAGUAAAAAGUUCGACUACCGACGAUUACCCACCACGUCAGUGAUCAUCGCCUUCUACAAUGAGGCCUGGUCCACUCUGCUGAGGACCAUUCACAGCGUUCUGGAGACCACGCCCGCGAUCCUGCUGAAGGAAAUCAUCCUUAUUGAUGACUUCAGUGAUCGAAGCUACCUGAAAUCCAAACUCGCCGACUACAUCAGUAAUCUGGAGCGUGUGAGGCUCAUCCGCACUAAUAAAAGAGAAGGACUGGUCCGGGCACGUCUUAUCGGUGCCACUUAUUCAACGGGGGAUGUCCUGACCUUCCUUGAUUGCCACUGUGAGUGUGUUCCGGGCUGGAUAGAGCCGCUCUUGGAAAGGAUCGGGGAGAACGCCAGCACUGUGGUGUGUCCCGUCAUCGACACCAUCGACUGGAACAACUUUGAGUUUUACAUGCAAACAGACGAGCCCAUGAUUGGCGGGUUUGACUGGAGACUGACCUUCCAGUGGAAUUCAGUUUCUGAAGUGGAACGCAGGAGGCGCAAAACCAAAACCGAGCCACUCAGGUCCCCCACUAUGGCCGGUGGAUUAUUUGCUGUGAGCAAAGCUUAUUUUGAGUAUCUGGGCACAUACGACACUGGCAUGGAGGUGUGGGGGGGAGAGAACCUGGAGCUUUCUUUCAGGGUGUGGCAGUGUGGCGGCAGCCUGGAGAUUCACCCCUGCUCUCAUGUGGGCCACGUCUUUCCCAAAAAGGCUCCGUACGCUCGACCAAACUUCCUCCAAAACACUGUGAGGGCUGCAGAAGUUUGGAUGGAUUCCUACAAAGUGCACUUCUACAACAGGAACCCACCAGCCAAAAAGGAGUCUUACGGGGAUAUUUCGGAGCGGCUGGUUCUGAGGAAGAAGCUCAAGUGCAACAGCUUUGACUGGUAUCUGAAGAACAUCUACCCUGAUCUCCAUGUGCCAGAGGACAGGGAGGGAUGGCACGGAGCUGUGCACAACUUAGGAAUGCUGUCUGAAUGUUUGGACUACAACGCACCAGACCACAAUCCCACAGCAUCCCACAUUUCUGUCUUCGGCUGCCACGGACAAGGCGGCAACCAGUACUUUGAAUACACGUCCCAAAAGGAAAUACGUUUCAACUCUGUCACUGAGCUGUGUGCUGAAGUUCAGGAGGGACAGAGCCAAAUCAGCAUGAAGCACUGUCCACACGACGGGGAGGUGAAGCCAGCCAGCAUCAUCUGGGAGUUCAGAGAGGAUAAAAGUAUCUACCACCCGCAGUCUGACAAGUGCCUCGCUGCUUAUCGCACGGCAGAGGGCCGGGCCGACGCGCAGAUGAGGCGCUGCAACCCUCAGGACCGAGACCAGCAGUGGAAGUUUGUGUGGUAGAGAACGUGGCAGGAAACCUCAAGUGACCUUCUCUGACUGAGUGCAAUUACUGCGGGGAAAGUCUCCUCCCUGCGCUUCACUGGAAAAAAAAAAAAGUGGCAGCCAAUGUUUCAUCUGCUCAUUUGCACCGUUGUGAAUGACUGAAAAACUGAGUGGAAAUGAUCAGGCUACAUUUUUGUUGCUACCAUCCAAGUGCCUGUGCAACCACGAGCAGCCUCACACACCUGAAGUGCCACAGGCCACGUGCAGUGAAGACAUGGCACCAAUUCUUAUUUAAUUCCUGUUAAAUGUAUUCAGUUUUGUUCGGCCUGGAAAACGUAUUUAAAAGUCAUCACAGCCUUUUUUUUUUCCUAAUAAUGGAAUUAAUUCCCCGUUUUUACUUCUAUUAGAUGGCGCUCUACAUUUUAUUCGUCCCUCUUUUAUUCCUUUUAAUGACGUGCCAAAUCUGUGUAAUUUAAACACCAUCGGCUUUCACGCACACGAUGGCUUAACAUUCCUGACAAAUGCACUGAAACACUUUUUAAAAAUGGAUAUGCAGUUGUUGGACUUGUGGUGGCGCUACUUUAGGAGCUGUCAAAUGUUGAUGUUCAAGAAAACAGGUAACACUGGAUUAGCAUGACAGCAUGAAGGAGUAACAUUUUCUUUUAAAUUAUACGCUCAAAUAAAGUGAUAGUAGUGAGGGAAAUACAUUUUUUUACAAUUAGUUUAUAUACAUGUCACUCUAAGAUAAUAUUAUAUAUUACAGAAUAUUUAUUUUUCAAAAAUAAAAAUGUAUCAUUGUAUAAAUUAUUGUUUUAAAAAAUGUUGAUCUAAAAAAUUGAAGUCAUAAUUUGACAAAUAAUAAAUUACAUGACCAUGUUUCACAAUUGAUGAAAUGUUCAAUGCUUAAUAAUUCAGUUCUCUUUCAGAAUUCAACGUAGCAUUUUGGGCUGGACUGAGUCGGGUCUCAUUUAAACGCUAGUUUGUUGUAAGAAUGAAGAGCUAAAAUGGCUCGGCACUCACAGGUGUCACCAGCCGUAGCAUCACUAAACCAUGAGAUGUGGUCUCUAAAUCAGGUUCUGUGUUAAUUCUCAUUCAUCAUUCAUCUAGUUUAAAUCGUAGAAAUGAACAUUAGGGAGAAACAACUUAGGAGAAAACUCUUGGUUUCUUGACUUUGGACACCAGAGAUGUUCAUUCAGCAUUUGCAGAUGUGCCUGACAGGAAUGUCGCCAAGGUGUUAAAACUAAUAAGUCCGUCAGUCAUUGUUGACAUGUUUUGAAGUGGAUGAAACGCGUCAGGGAUUUGGUCCAAAGGCUCCCGUUACAAGGUUUAAUCACACAUUGUUUCAUGCUGUUCAGACCACACUCCUCUUGUGUCUCCUCCGAGGCCUUAAACUUGAACUGAAAAUGUCUCCACACUACACUGUGUUUCCUGUAAUCUUCCCAUUCAUGGUGUGUCUUGUGUUUCCUGAGUGUAAUUGUGUUCUUGAAGGAACCACGUGUGGACAGUGGUGACAGAGGCUCUUCGUAAACUACUGAUUUCAAAGGGAUGUAAUGGACAAUGACUUGAAGGGAAGACGAGAGAGUGUGGGGAAUGUGUUGUGUAAACUACUUCGGAUGGUUAGAGAAAUAAAUACAAGUGACUGCAGAUAUUUGUGUUUGACGUGCGAAACUAUGCUUCCGUUUCUUUAAAAUGUUCAGUGCGGUCUUGAUGUCAUGGAAAGGGGUUUGAUUCACCCACUAUUUAAGAUCUAUGACUCCACCUAGUGGUCAAUACCUCAAUUUCACUUUUUUGUUUUAAUUGGAACGGAAAAUCUUGAUUUUCGUGACAGAGAUUGAGAUAUGAACGAAACAUGUAUUUAAAAAAUCUGAAUAUUAUUUCAAAAAUAGGAUAAUCAUUGCACAAAAUGUUUUAUCUGUAAAUAAGAUAAUACUAUCUGAAAAUACUGCAUGAGGAAAGCUCAAAUAUACCUUCAAACUCAAAAGCUCAAACAAAAGAGCAACUACAUGAAGAAACAUUUUGCGUUAUUUAUUCAUUUUGACCCAUAAAAGUAGUUACAUAUUAUUAGCAAACUAGUUAACAAGAGCAAUACAUCAUGAAACAAACACCAAUCUGGCAUAAUAAAACUAUUAUGAUACUGCUGGUAAAGGUGUUGAUCAUUCUACAAAAAUGUAUGAGUCACUUGGGUGAAUCGUUUCAUUUUGACUACAACAUGUUGAUAAGUAAUAGAAAUGUCAGUAAAUUUGCUGGCAACCUAUGACGGACGAUCAAUCAAAUUGUUAAGAGACAAACUGAUACAUUGAGGAAAAGGAAUACUGCUGGUAUUUAUAGAUAUAGAAGUUAUUGAUAUUUUAAUAAGGCAAAUACCUCUAAUGGCUCAUCUUUCUUGCAUAUUUGGACCAGAAUGGUUUUGUAUAAUUAUUUAUUAUUCUUCUGAUGCCACCUAAGUUCAUCCUUAUUAUUAUUAUUAUUAUUAUUAUUAUUAUUACAAUUCAGAAAAAUGCUUGGUUAGCAAUAAAAAGUGUCAACCAAUGGAUGGAUGGGUUGGCAUAUUAAUUUGGCAACGCUUUGACAACCUGACUGAAGUGUUGUUUGCAGCUGACUCACAUUUUUAUUUGCUCCUGUGAUGAAUGGCUGUGAACUAUCCGUUGCAUGGAAAAUGUCAUCCAUCAUCUGCUCCCAAAUGAGGAAACGUCCUCAUGCAUUAACACCAAUAUUGUGUCUCUGACAGACACGACAUGCACAGUCGGCCGUGGUAAAUUACAACACUCUGGCUGACUUGUUGCCUCCUCGUGUCCCUUUGUGCUUUUCACAAUAUGGGUACUCGAUCAAACACUCGAGUUACCAACCCCUUAAUUAUUUAGCUUUUUAAUUUGCUUAAACAUACGUUUUGUGUCAGAUUUCAUGUUUGCUGUCGAGAGUUUUGAGAUCGGUUGCAGAAGAAUGAGCGGGAAGGUGGCGCGAUAUGACUUUUAUGAUCCCUCUCACCGCACCUGCUGCUGCAUUAUUUAUAUUUAAUAUGAGUGGGCGUGUGACUGGGGGGGAAAAAGGGAAGCAGAAAUGGACGGCAUUUUCAGCUGCAUUUGGAAUGGGAAAACAUAGCUAUAUUAUUGAAAAUGGUACAUGAUCUUCAAAUAGUGAAUCAUUGUCAUUUUUUAAAGUUGUAAAUGCAUCUUGUCCAGUUGAGGGAUCUUGAGCGGUCUAUAAUAACCCAGUCGAUUCAUGGCAGGAUGUUUAUCCAAGAUGUUGGCUCGGGUUAGAUAAAUCCUGAUGCUAGUUUGACACACACAAAGCCAGCAUCCCAGUGAGGAACUGUGCAACUGUUGAUCACCAUUCUAGAGUAAAGACUUCCUGAAUCUCGCCUGUUUCCUCCCAGUAAAGUCCAUUCUCUGAAAAAAUAACUUGAAGGCUCGAGUGCUGGGUUUCAUAGAAAUGAAUGAGGUUUUUGUGGCUCAUGACAAGCUGUUCUUCUUUCUUU